AUGAAAUUAAUUUUAUUAUUUCUAUUAUUGAUUACAUUAAAUAAUGUAGAUUUAAUUAAAUCAGAUGGUGGAUCGUUCCAUAGCAGCAAGCAAACUACUCUAUCUCAACAAUCUUCACUCUACAUCUAUCAACCAACUACAAUUUACAACCAAUUGACAGUUGCCAACUUAAUCCAAGCGUCAGAACUGACAGUUGGAAGCAAUGCAACACUGAAUAUCACCAAUAGCUAUCUCAACGGAAACUACAGUCUAGUCCAACAGAAUCAACAAUCCACGUUGAUUAUCAACGAUGUCGCCAAUAAUGGCAUUUUAAUUGAACAGCUUGUCUGUGAAGGUAGCACAACCGGCAGCUACUUUACAAGCCAACAAAAUGUAUUUAUUCAAGUGAUCAACUCUGAGGGUAGAGUCACUAUCGCCUCACCCAACAUCAUCAUAAACCAAACCGAUCAAACACAACUCAACACAAUCGAGCAACUCUACCUCAAAAACGUCCAAAACAUCCACAUCAAUAACACUGAGAUCGACACUCUCCAUAUCGACAGAGACAACUUUACCGUAGUAAUCGAUGGUCAAACUACCAUUGAUUCCACUUUUGACUAUUAUCAAUCAACAAUCUACUUCCUCGGGAACUACCGGUACCCGUUAUCCACAAGCAUAGGAGCCGACACAAUCAUCAUUGGCAAUGCUGCCAAUCAAGAGUGGAGUAGCACCACUCUGGAUAUUAAAAACUCAUGCAAUCUCAUGGGUAAUGUGGUGGUAAGCGGUAGUGGACAGCUCCUGAUAGCCUACGGACAGGAUGUCACCAUCACCAAGUCGUUGACUGUGGAGGCGGGCGGAUCUCUAACGGUGAGAGACGUCGGUAGUUCUCUGUAUAUCGCGGGCAAUUUCAGUAUCGACAGUCAAUCGUCUAUCGAUUUAUUCAUCUACGAUCCAAACGACCCACCUCUAACCACCAGUGGAUUGGAGGUUCAGGUCGAUAACACUGACUCGACGCUAUCGUUGUCGUUCAUCUCGGGUAACUUGGCAGACAACAACAAUCAAUAUGUUAUAUUCGACAGUGACUACGAUAUCAAUGGAUCGUUCGGGCAGAUCUACAUUUACUCUGACGGGCAGGUAGUAGACCAGAGCAAAUACGUCAUCUACAUCGACGGUGACAAUCAAUACAUCUUAUCGUUCAAGCCAACCUCUUCGCCUUCUUCACAUCGUUUUGCAACCUGGAAGAUGAUAACUAUCGUCGGUGCAUUUAUUGUUUUCGUUUGUAUCAUAGUUGGUAUCGUUUAUCACAGAGUAAGAACAAGAGAAUACAGAAAAUAUCAACUCAUAGAAUAG